UCCCUCUCUCCUCUGUCCUGUGGGUUUUGUAGGAGAACUCAGAUUUGGGUUCUCCAUGAGAACCCAGAUCAAGGAGGGGGGAGGAGAAGGAAGAAGAGAGGAGAGGGAAAGAAGAAGAAAAAGAAAGGAGGAGGGAAAAGAAGAAAGAAGGUUGAAAAUCAAAGAACCUAGCAUUGGUGAAGAGGAUGAAAUCGCAGUUUUCAUCUUCAAGUUCAACCUAAACCAAAACACUUUCCGCAUCUUGCAUGCCGCUGCUGCCUCCACCACCAGCCGCAGCCUACACUCAUCGGCAACCACGCCUCCGCCGCAUAGUUGCACCCCUCAACCCGCGAUGGAUCCUCACUCUCCGUCCACUGUCUUGCCACCAGCACUUCCACCCGAACCACCGCCGCCCUUUAGCGUGAAGCGGCCCCCUCCACCUGCAUCCUUGAACCCACUUAACCUCACACAGCCAUCAUCACCAGUACUCAAGAGGCUGCAGGAAGGAGAAGAAGAAAAAGAACGUUGCGAAAGCAGUAGAAGCUUCUACUGUUGCCGGAGAGGAAGGGACGAGAAGAGAAAGACCACCCCCCGCUUGGGGACAAGCCCUGUUGCUAGGGACGCCGACGUACGCCGCGGACAACUUCUCUGGUGACAACUCUAAGGUAGUAGAAGUCAAGCGGUCCAUAAUGCAGUAAAUUAGGCCUCAUUUUUUUUAUUAUUUCGAGAGAAGGAAAAAUAUUACAAUUACCCUUAUUUGACUUAACUUUAAUAAAGGUUAAAAUUUUUG